UCUAAGGGUCCCCGUCAGCGCUUAUGUUCUAAGUGAUGUAUAGACCACUGAGAUUUUGACCUUAUGGCAGCAAAGUCGAAAAGGUUACUGAAAGUUAUAGAUGGAAUACGUUCUUGGAAUAUUAGCUCGUCUCAACCAAAUUCGUCACCAAAGUCAGCCAUUGAAAUCGACGAGUAUUUAAAGAGUGAACAUUUCCAAGUUGGAAAGGUAGAUAUUUAUUUUCUGAAUGAAAAUAAUGUCCUCAUACUCGUUUUCUAUUGAUAUCUUUUUUCAGAUCUCUGCGCAUGGUUUUCCUCACCAACCGACUUGCAUCGCUUUUGAUCCCGUUCAACGAAUUGUUGCUGUUGGAACGAAGUGUGGGUUCAUCAGGAUUUUCGGAAGACCAGGUGUAGACUGUAGCAUCUCUCAUCCCUCAGCGUCUGCUGUCCUUCAAAUAUUCUUUCUCGUCAACGAGGGUGGAUUGGUUUCGAUUUGUGGUGACGACGUUGCACACUUGUGGAACAUAAGACAGAAGAAUCCAGAAAUAGUACACUCUUUACAGUUCAAACGUGAACAUGCUAUUCCCUAUACUGCGAGAAUCAGUGCUCUUGAUUUCAUCACAAUCCAGUCACCUUUCCUCACGUGGUUGAAUCUCAAUGAACAAGCAUUCCAGCCAGUGUAGCUCGGGUGGGUCGGGUAGUAAUUAAACCUGACUACUGCAUCAAGUGGCCAGGUAUAAUUUCUGGUUUAAUUUUUUAAAUGUAAAUCUAGCUGAUUUUUAUGAAUUGUUGCAUACACGACAAAAGGUGAACUUGUGGAGGAGGCAUACAACCAUGAC